AUGCAAAUCAGCAGCAUUCCGCCCGCACGCUGCCAUUGGACGUCUGGCCGCGAGAAGCAGGGCGGGAAGGCGCGGGCCAAGGCCAAGUCGCGCUCGUCGCGGGCCGGCCUCCAGUUCCCCGUGGGCCGCGUGCACCGGCUGCUGCGCAAGGGCAACUACGCGGAGCGGGUGGGCGCCGGCGCCCCCGUGUACCUGGCGGCCGUGCUGGAGUACCUGACGGCCGAGAUCCUGGAGCUGGCGGGCAACGCGGCGCGCGACAACAAGAAGACGCGCAUCAUCCCGCGCCACCUGCAGCUGGCCAUCCGCAACGACGAGGAGCUCAACAAGCUGCUGGGCAAGGUGACGAUCGCGCAGGGCGGCGUGCUGCCCAACAUCCAGGCGGUGCUGCUGCCCAAGAAGACCGACAGCCACAAGGCUAAGGCCUAG